GGCGGUGACCGGGGGCGGCGCUGGCGGGAGAUUGCAGCAUGGCGGCGGCGGCGCCUGUCUCCGCGGGGGAGUCGCUGUGGCCGGAGGGCUCGGGCGCCGAGGGCGGGUUCGUGCGCGCGGUGCUGGCGCUGCCCGACAAGCCCGACACCACCGUGCGCUUCUUCGAGCGCGGCGAGCACUACACGGUGCACGGCGGGGACGCGCUGCUGGCCGCCCGCGAGCUCUUCCGCACCCGCGGCGUCAUCCGGCUGCUGGCGGGGGGCCCAGGAAAUCAGAAACUCGAGAGUGUUGUGCUUAGUAAAAUGAACUUUGAAUCUUUUCUGAGAGAUUUACUUCUGGUUCGUCAGUACAGAGUUGAAAUUUACAAGAACAAAGCAGGAAGUAAAUCUACCAAAGAGAAUGACUGGUAUUUGGCAUACAAGGGUUCUCCAGGUAACCUUGCCCAGUUUGAGGAAAUUCUCUUUGGCAAUAAUGACAUGUCGACUGCCAUUGGUGUUGUGGGUGUUAAGCUAUAUACUGCUGAUGGACAAAGAAUAGUUGGAGUUGGGUAUGUUGACACUACGCUCAGGAAGCUGGGUGUCUGUGAGUUUCCAGAUAACGAUCAGUUCUCAAACCUUGAAGCUCUGCUGGUUCAAAUUGGACCUAAGGAAUGUGUGCUACCAGGAGGAGAGACUUCUGGAGAUAUGGGAAAACUGCGACACAUCAUUCAAAGAGGAGGAAUCAUGAUUACAGACCGAAAAAAGGCUGAAUUCACAACAAAAGAUAUUGUGCAGGAUCUCAACCGCUUGCUAAAAUCAAAAAAGGAAGAGCAAGUGACUAGUGCAACAUUACCAGAGAUAGAAAAACAGGUUGCGAUUUCAUCCUUGUCGGCCGUUAUCAAGUAUUUAGAGCUCUUGUUGGAUGAAUCUAACUUUGGACAAUUUGAAUUGACUAGCUUUGACCUCAGUCAAUAUAUGAUACUGGAUAAUGCAGCUGUUCGAGCCCUUAACCUUUUCCAGAGUUCUGUUGAAAAUGCCAACAGUACACAAUCAUUGGUUGGGUUAUUAAAUAAGUGCAAAACUCCUCAAGGACAAAGACUGGUUAAUCAGUGGAUCAAACAGCCACUUACGGACAAGAACAGAAUAGAAGAAAGGUUAAAUUUGGUUGAGGCCUUUGUGGUAGACACAGAGCUACGGCAGUGCCUUCAAGAAGAGCUUCUACGUCGUUUUCCAGAUCUCAACCGGCUAGCCAAGAAAUUUCAAAGACAAGUAGCAACCCUGCAGGACUGUUACCGAAUGUAUCAAGCUAUUAACCAACUACCUAAUGUUGUACAAGCACUGGAAAAACAUGAAGGAGCACACCAGAUGUUGUUGCUGGCAGUAUUUGUAAUGCCUCUCAACGAUCUCAACUCUGACUUCUCCAAGUUUCAGGAAAUGAUAGAAACAACUUUAGACAUGAACAAGGUGGAAAAUCAUGAAUUCCUUGUGAAGGCUUCUUUUGAUCCUAAUCUGACAGAGUUGAGAGAGAAGAUGAACAAACUAGAGGAGAGCAUGCAGUCUCUUCUAAAGACUGCAGCCAGAGAACUAGGGUUGGAAGCUGGCAAGAACAUCAAACUGGACUCCAAUUCACAGUUAGGACAUUACUUCCGAAUUACCUGCCGGGAAGAAAAAGUUCUCCGGAACAACGCAAAAUAUAAGAUCUUAGAUACCCAGAAGAAUGGUGUGAAAUUCACAAACAGUAAAUUGAGCUCCUUCAAUGAAGACUACGUAAGAAGCAGAGAAGAGUAUGAAGAGGCUCAGGAAGCCAUUGUUAAAGAAAUCAUUAAUAUUGCUUCAGGAUAUGUAGAGCCAAUACAGACAAUGAAUGAUGUGAUAGCUCAGUUAGAUGCUGUCGUCAGUUUUGCUCAUGUAUCAAAUGGAGCACCUGUGCCGUACGUACGUCCGGUCAUUCUGGAAAAGGGACAAGGAAGGAUUCUGUUGAAAGGUUCCAGACACCCUUGCAUUGAAGUUCAAGAUGACAUAGCAUUCAUCCCCAAUGAUGUUAACUUUGAGAAGGGCAAGCAGAUGUUCCAUAUUAUUACUGGCCCUAACAUGGGAGGGAAAUCAACAUACAUUCGCCAGGCUGGAGUGAUAGUUCUUAUGGCCCAAAUUGGGUGCUUUGUACCAUGUGACUCAGCAGAAGUGACUAUUGUGGAUUGUAUCCUGGCUCGGGUAGGAGCAGGAGACAGUCAGUUGAAAGGUGUCUCAACUUUCAUGGCGGAAAUGUUAGAAACUGCUUCAAUUCUUCGGACAGCAUCUGAAAAUUCCUUAAUAAUCAUUGACGAGUUGGGAAGAGGAACUUCAACAUAUGAUGGAUUUGGAUUGGCAUGGGCUAUUUCAGAAUAUAUCGCCAGCAAAAUUUGUGCCUUUUGUAUGUUUGCCACACAUUUUCAUGAACUGACAGCACUUGCUAACCAAGUGCCAACUGUGAAUAAUUUACAUGUUACAGCACUAACCACUGAUGAGAUGCUGACUAUGCUUUAUCGUGUCAAGAAAGGUGUAUGUGAUCAGAGUUUUGGAAUACAUGUAGCAGAGCUUGCUGCUUUUCCAAAGCAUGUAAUAGAGAGUGCAAAAGAGAAGGCUCUGGAGCUAGAGGAGUUCCAAACUAUUGGAAAACCUGAGGAAUCUGAAGGAGAACCAGCAGCUAAGAGAUGCUACAGAGAAAAAGAGGAAGGUGAAAAAAUAAUUCAGGAAUUCCUUUGUAAAGUGAAAGCAUUGCCCUUGAGAGACAUGUCAGAGGAAGACAUCAGAACCAAACUGAAACAAUUGAAAGCUGAAGUGUUGGCAAAGAACAACGGUUUUGUGAAUGAAAUUGUUUCCCGAACAAAAGUUACUCCAUGAAAAAAGCUAAAAUGACACUGCUUGAAUUGUUUUAAGUCACAAGAGCUAUCAUUUUCUUGUCUUGUAUGUUUUAUGCUUUGUGAGGUUUUGUACUCACUACUGAAGCUACACUUUCUCUUGACUUGUAAUUACUUUUUAAAAUGAGUACCUAUUGUACCUGAGUAAUAGUUUAGUUACUGCUAUUUUCAAUAAAAUCCAUUUCUCGAAUAUCAGGGAAGUGUGAAUAAAAGAAAGCCGUAGAUUUUUUUUCCAGAAAGUCAAACUACGUGUAACUUUUACCAUGCUGUGUUAGUUAAGAAAAUGGUCAGUUCUAGUGCAAAAUCUACAGCUGCCCUCUACUGCAGUUAUUUUUCAUUGUCAUCACUGAUGCUUUACUCGCUGGUCCAAAAGAGUACCCGGGAUAAUUGCAGUUUUAACAGGGCUGUAUUAGUGAUGUCUUUUAGAAAAACAUUUGAUAAGGAAUCUUAGCUAAUGAUUAAACAUUUAACUGGUUCUGACUAUACUCUCUUUAAAUGCAAGGGAUUGUUUAUGCUCGCUUGAGCCAGGUGUAGUACAGGCUAGUGCACUUUCCAUUCCAGUGCUAACUCUUCAUUGUACAGAGACUGCCAGUCAUGUGGUGGGUUGUAAUGUGAACAAACAGGAACUAGGAUGAUGCCACCAAUUUACUUUCUUUUGAGAGUUAAAUAAGCCCAAGUCCCCAGAAGGGAGAAAGCAAAUUCAUUUUACCUGAUCUACUUAACAUGCUUCAUGGGGGGGCCCUGUCUUAUGUAUGCAAUUAUUUGAAUUGAAAGAGGACACAACUGUCCUGUGCAUAUGCUAUUACUGCCUCUUACAUACUGUGUAUCAGCUAGUGUGCUUCAAUUCAGAGUGCCGUAAUCUCCCUGUGUUGGCAAGCCCUGAAGCACAUCAAGGUACAAGUUUGCCUGCACCACUUGCCUAACUCUUAAGACCUUGCUUGUUAGCUAUAUCAUAGAAUAUGUCUGGCUUUGGGAUUAUAAGAAUAUAUAUAUGCUGAAGGUGACAGACAUGACUCUUUGAUAUAUGCUCUAGCAGAGAUUAAACCAGAAUAUGUGUUAGGGAUGUUGAUAGAAGCGUGCUGUUGAAAAACUAAUUGUGUGUGUCUGAGCUAUACACUUGUUGGAGUACAGUACAUAUAAUUUUAUUACUGCAAUGUUUGUUUCUAAAAGGGUUAUACUAAACUUGAGAAGUUGAUCAUUUUUACUUUUAAUUCAGUAGAAGUUGGAAAAUAAGCAUAUUAUACCCUAGCAGAUGUAGGAAAAUGUUAAUUCGAUGCAGAGAUUUUAUGUACAUUGGACUCUGCCACAAUACCUUAUUUUUGUUUUAAUUUAGAAUGCAGUAUACUUUGUUCCUAUUAAACAUUGUAAGAAAAAAUAUCUUAAGUAUAGUACUUAUAUACAGUAUUAUAUAGUGUCUGUAAAGUAACUAGAUUGUCAGUCAGAAUAGAAUUGUAUAAAGCAGAGCAGAGUACUGCAAUACAAGUCAAUUUUCUUAAUACACAAACAUUCUUAUAGAUACUUGGGAAUCUAUUUAAAUUACUAUAGAAAUUCAUGGGAAGUCACAGGGUUUGAAUUAGAUCAACCUGUUUCACUAUAUCUAAAGAAAGCUAGCAGUCCUUUGAAGACUGUAAGUGACAUACACCUAUUACAAGCCUAGGGAAAUGAGUUACUAGUAUAUUUGCUUAUGUGAAGAUCACAUGCUUGAGUCAAUCUCUUAGUGAAAAUGUUGUCAUGCUGUUUAUGGUCCUUGUGACUGUUAAUCUAUGCAUGCUUUCCUCCUCAACCAUGAAAGAGGAGUUUUACUUCUGCAGCAUGCCUGCUCAGCUCCACCGUUGUGUUACAUGGGCACUCCACAGGAUUUCAGCUUGGAAUCUAGUGGGCAGGGUACAAAAACCAUCUUGGUUCCUCCCAUAUUCUGUCCUCCAAAUCCCACAAGAAAGGAAGGUGUAAGCAAAUACAACUUGAGGCUGUAUUAACGUACACUGCUUUUCUGUGUGCACUUGAAACAUCCCCUUUGAGGGGCACCAGCAGCAACUGUGCCAAGGGAACCCCCAGAGGACAGCUCCUUCUGGAGCCAAUGCUGUCCAAAGUUAUGAGAAAGAGAAGUAUAGUCAGGAGGUCUGUGUCAAGAUCAGGAAUUAUACUCAAGAGCAUGGGCCACUUCUGCGGAUGCUCCAUUGCAACCUGUGGAUUAAAGGUGGGAAAAUCCCUGAAUGCUUCUGUAGGAUGGAGGAACCCUCCAACAGACCUGUGAGUAGGAAAUUGUGAGUUGAACUUUGCAAAGUUUCCUCCCAUCAUGCGGGUUGUUCCUCUGAAGGGGAAAAGGGUGCCAUUUGUUUUAAUUUAAAUCAGUGACCCUCCGACUGAGGCUCAAGAGCUGCAAGUGGCUCUUUAAUGUAUCUCCUGCGGCUCAUUGCAGCAUCUACUAAAACAGUGUGUGACUUAAUUAUUAACCAAUUUAAGUUAUCCUGAGCUUUUACUAUGUUAACCAAUUGUUGUUAAUAAAAUACUUGUCCUUUUGCUAUGAGAAUGAAUAUAUAUGACUGACCAAGUAUUUUAUUAACGACAAUUGGUUAAUAGUAAAUAUAAAUAGUAAAUGAAACAAUGAAUACUCUCAAAAGAGCCACAGUAGUGUGAAAUGUUUAUUGCUAACCUGGUUCCUGAACCACUGAGGUCUGAGCAUCACUGAAUUAAAUCUAGCUUCUUUUUUUUCAGAAACAUGUCCGUAAUGACAAGAACUGUGCCAGGAACACAUCUUAAAUGAAACAGGAACGGUGUCAAGAAUGCAAAGAUGAUCAAAGCUUCAGAACUAAAUUGUGCCAUUAUCAAGAAAGCUUGAGGCCACGUCCUGUCAGUCUUGAGUCAAGAUGUAAUUUUCUUUUUUGCUCAUUCACACCAGUGUUCUCAAAAAGCUUGGCACUGAAUACCUUCUGCAUAUUCAGUAUCAGUUUGUAAUCUGUGCAGUUGCUUUUCAUUUAGAAGGCUGUUGAGGAAGAAAUAGCUUUCGGUAAAAGGAAAGGUCAUAUUACCAAACACUACUAAAAUUCAUUUCUUUGGAAAAUGCCAUUUUCUCCCUGAUUACUUUAGCAUCUGUUCACAAAAUAGAAUGGAAGAGCAGUGUAGUGUAUGUGCAUGAGUGCAACAUCUAUUCAGUAUACAUAUGAAAUACUUGUUUUAUUUUUCUAUUGCAUUCAUAGGCAAAUGAGACGUAGCUUAAGACAACUGAAAAGAGCUAGAACAAUCUGAUACAGUGGUAGGGAGAAUUCAGUGAUCAGAUAAACAAGUUAAUGAAUUAAAAUAAAAUCAGCCUAUCAGUUCUGAAACUCCAGUUCUCAUGUGACCGGUAACCUAGCUGUAGUGUUUGCCUUUAAGCUAUUUAAGACUAAUAUAUAUAGAAUAACACUGAUCUGAAUGUCCAGUUGCAACUGCAUGUUCACCUCUAACAACUGAUAAAUGACUUUAAAAUCUGA